CCCUGUUUUUGAAGAUUUUUUUCUUCUCGUUUGGCUCUCUUACACCGGACACUUACUGAUCUUAUGGGACUAGGUCAGAUGUCAAGUUGUAAACGUUUCUGAAGGCGAAGCCAUAGAAGAGGAGCCUGACUCUCCUGACACACACAAUGUGGCUAGAGGAACCUCAAAGGCAACCCAAAGGUGCUCGACACCCCCAGCUGAUCCCUUGGGUCCUCGCUGUUGUUUUCAUCUCAUUUCUCAGUGCUUGCUUUAUCGCAAAUUGUUUGGUGACUCAUCGUUACCUUUCACGCUGGAAGAGAAGAGGAGGAACGGUGAUUUUCUCUGAUUACCAAACAACGCUAACGUGUGCACGAGGGGAGCUGGAGUCCGGAGCUACAGGAGAUACCUGGAACUGUUGCCCUGCUAGCUGGAUAGCCUUCCAGUCCCACUGCUACCUUCCUCUUAACGACAACCAGACGUGGCCCGAGAGUGAGAGGAACUGCUCAGUGAUGGGCGGUCACCUGGCAACCAUCAGCACCGAAGCCGAGCAGAACUUUGUGAUUCAGCAUUUGGACAGACGAUUUCCCUAUUUCCUGGGACUUACUGAUGAGAACACAGAAGGCCUAUGGCAGUGGGUGGACCAGACACCAUUUAAUCCACACAUGGCGUGA